AUGCCAGGGUUCCGCGCGGACGCGCCGACAGGGACGGGAGGCCUCCGAGCGGGGGACCGGGUGGCCGUGCGCGGCCUUCUAGCCCGCCCAGACCUCAACGGGGCAACCGGCAGGCUGCACGGGUGGAACGUCGAGACGAGCAGGUGGAACGUGGUCACCGACGCCGGCCUGGGCCUGAGCCUCUCCGCGCUGCACCUGGAGGCGUGCGGCGGCGGGGCCGCCGGAGGGCCCGGAGGCGGAGCGGCUCGCGGCCGCGAGGCCGACGGUGGGGCUCCCGCUGGGGCUCCUGUCCCGGCCUCGGCUCCGAGUUGUCCAGGCCUACGCGAGCGGUUCCAUGGCUUCAUCUGGCCCUCAUCAUCCACCGCGGCGAGCGUCUCUGCGUUCCUGGAGAGGCCGCCGCGGCGUGCCGGAGCGAAGGCGCGGUUGGCAGCGGGGCCUCGGGAGGUAGCGCGGGGCAUGCGGCCAGAUCGCAGGCAGAGUGCGCGGAGAGCGGCGAUGGGCUCUUGGCGGGGCAUGGAGGGAAGGGCGAGCUGCAUUGCUACCUGGCGGAUGUGA